GUCCUGGGAUCUUAUGAGCAGCGGAUCUUGGUUAUCGUUAAGCUGCGGAUCAUUCUUAUCCCCCUACCUCCCUCCAACAAAACCCAUUGCAUCGUUUAAUAGAGGAGAUCGGACUCAAAGGAGGCGGUCAGGAGGAAGGCUUUUAGUAUUGGUAGCGUCCGCAGAAUCAACAAGUUCCCUCGCAGCUAUUGGCAUCUCUCGGGAUCCCCCUCUGUCCUGCCUUAACUGACUGAUAUUUAACAUACCUACUUCCAACUUCUUGUUUUUUUUUUAAAUGUUUCGAAUCUUAUAAACCUUUGGUUUUUUUUUCUCUGUUGCUUUUGACACAAUGCUGAAGGUCCUGACCAAAAAGCUCAGAGCGCAGACGCUAAAUGAGAUCCAGCCCGUUCAAGUUAAGAUAUCCUACUCACCAAGAGAUGAGGACAACAGCGACGACUCCGAAGGAGAGAAUCAGGAACUGGCACUGAUCGACCAAGAAAGUCAAAGCAAUUGCUGCUUGUCACCAUUGUCUCCAAGCCAUCUACAUAAUCAGGAGCACCUUUGCAAAGUACGGACAAUAUUUGACCCCCUGGACUGCGAUAGCUCCGAGGAGGAACUUGAACGCAUCAACCGAGAGUUUGGAAGGGAGAAGCGCAAGUGGUCUCAGGUGAACAGACUCAGUUGCUACAGCGACAGUACAUCCUCCAGUGACGAAGAAGUCAAAGACUUGUGUGGCAUGUCCUUCAAGCCUGUACAACAGGCCGAACAGAAGUACAGCUGCAGCAGCCCUGUGCCCUUUAGUGCCUCCCCUCCCAAGAGACUCCACCCCUUGGUCCGAAGGCCCUCGGGACAGAUCAUACUGACUAGUGUUGGCACCUCGGUUGACCAGGCGACCCCGUGCAAAAGGCACAGGCAGGGCCAAGACUUCAGCAGGCCAAGCCUGGACUUGGAGAAAAUGCAACAGAAGAUGUUACUGAAGAAAAGCUGUGGAGCUAAAACAAGAAUUAUUAAAAUUCGAAGCAUCAGCGGCAGCUGCCCCCCGCCACGAUAUUUGUACGACCCGUCGAGCUUUGCAUUCCGCUCCCUGAGCACCUUGACCCCCAUGAGUCCAAUGGCUCCAGUUGAAGAACCACCCUGUGCCUACUGAAGGAGCUGCUGCCCCUUACUGCAGAGACCUGGCUGUGAGGAAAGCCGUGAUAUAGCAUUGGGACUUAAAUUUCCCACAAGGAACUGGCCUGCCUGUUGGAGCAGUCCUGAAGAGCUGAUUAUUUUUGAUAGACUGAUGUGGACUAAAAGCCUGAAGCUUUGCUGCUAGUUGGGGCUUUGUAACAUUCCUAGGCCUGUGCUAAAGCCAUUGAAGGACAGUGGACAUUGAAAUUGCUAUACUAGUA